AUGGCAGAGCAACUGUUCCCUGGUCUGGAGCGACCUCUUCCGCAGCUACCGUCCUUGCACUACACGCUCUUCGCCUAUCGCGAGGAGCUGCGACGUCGCGACGCGCCCUUCAUGAAGAUGUCCACGAUCAAGCUUCACCUAACCGAUAAUCUGAUAUUGCAAACGAUUAAAAAUAUACGACUAUUGGAUACCAUUGAGAUCAUGAACCUCAAUCGCGAGAUUGUCUUCAAGCGCAAGCUGACCAAGCAGAUGCGGAAGGUGCGCAAGCUGGAGAAGAUGGGACUCAAUGUGGAUCCGCGUCAGCUCAAUGAUUUGCAGUGGGACUAA